UCACCAACCCAUCAACACACGGUAACCCACCAGUCCCCAUUCCCAGUUGCAAUGCCUCAAACAGAGGCUGAGAAAUCGCGGCGAGAACGGAGGAAAGAAUCCCGUUUGGCAAAGAAUGCAUCCAAACACCAAUCAUGGCUUCUCCACCAGAAAUCUCGAGCUAUCAAAAGAAGUAAAGAUGAUUCGGAUAGGAAAACUAAGACAAACUUGGAGCAACCAGUUAGUACUAGUUUUGAGGAAAAAGAGGGUUUAGGGUUUGAUUCGGAUUCUGAGAAACAUGUGAGAGCUGAAGAGAGUGUUGUAUCAGUGGCAAUUUGUGGCUCUGAUACUAAGAAAAUGAAGAAGUUGAAGAAGGGUUCUAAGGGAUGUUCCAGGAAGAAGAGUGGCAAAGAGUUUUUUGGGCUGGAUGCUGAUAUAGCUGCGAAGAAGGAUCUUGAGUUGGAAAGGAAGCUUUCCAAGAAGCUUAAGGUGAAGGAAGGGAAAUUAAGGGGUUUGGAUGAUGGGUUGAACAUAUUGCUCGAAGGAAUGUUGCCUGCUAUGGAUUUAUUUGGAGAAGAGGAUACUCAUGGUGCUAGUGAAUUGCCGAAGAAAAGGUUGAAGAAGAGCUUGUUGAGUAAGAAGCAUAAGGAGGAAAUAUUGCCAAAUGAAGGGAUGGAAGUAGAGACAAUAGAUGGAGCGUUUGAGCUCAUGAGAACUUCUGAUCAAGAUGGAGCAUUAGGAGAUGUUGCUGAUUGUGGAACUGUGAGGAAGAAGCAUAAGAAGAGAAAGUUGUUGAGACAAGAGCAAGAAGACAAUGUGGUGGAUGAUGAUUUGUGCAUAUCGAAUACUGUAGAAUCCAUGGCAAUGGAGGUGGCAUCAGAGCAUGUUUCUGCUGAAGUUCCAGCAAAGAAAGAAAAGGGAAAAUAUAUUGCACCUCACUUGAGAGCUCGUGCUGGAAAUGAAUCUGAAGAGCAUACUCAGAUACGAAGACGUAUACGAGGACUUCUUAAUAGGCUUUCUGAAUCUAAUGUUGAAUCAAUUACUGGAGAAUUGUCAACAAUCUUUCAGUCUGUUGCACGUAGUGUAGCUUCACACAUUAUGAUUGAGGAGGCUUUGGCAUCAUGCUCAGGUGGGCCACGGGGCAAUGAACAGUACGCUGCUGUUUUUGCUGCAUUUGUUGCAGGGAUGGCCUGUUUAGUUGGUGUUGACUUCAGUGCAAAGUUUAUGGCAUCCUUUGCCAAAUGCUUUGAGGAUGAGUACCUUAAAGAGGACAAUCUCUCUCUGCGGAAUCUUACACUUCUCUUAUCCUAUUUAUGCAUAUUUGGGGUCUGUUCUAGUGAUUUAAUAUAUGACUUUCUAGUCAUGUUGAGCAAGCGAUUGACCGAGAUAGAUGUCUCUAUCAUAUUGGCAGUUCUACAGUGUUGUGGAAUGAAAAUUAGGGCUGAUGAUCCAAUUUCCAUGAAAAAUUUUAUCGUUAGUGUUCAGAAGACGACAAAUGACCUGAAGGCUUCCUCCAGAGAUAAUCAUGAAAAGAGAAAUAGUAAAAGAAUGGAGUUCAUGCUUGAAACCAUAUGUGACAUCAAGAACAACAAGAAAAGACAAAAGGAGGACCCUGCACACCACACUCGGAUUAAGAAGUGGUUGCAGAAGUUAAGAGUGGAUGACAUUUUACUUAGAGGUCUUAAAUGGAGCAAGUUACUUGAUCCUGAUAAGAAGGGUCAGUGGUGGUUACCUGGGGAUUUGGCUUCUGCAACAGAUAAUGUUGAAGAAGUUGCUAACAGAAUCGACAAAGAUGUUCUUGAAACACAACGCAUGCUUCAGCUUGCCGCUGCACAAAAGAUGAACACAGAUGCCAGAAGAGCAAUCUUCUGUAUAAUAAUGAGUGGUGAGGACUAUAUUGAUGCAUUUGAGAAGCUUCUUCGAUUGGAAUUACCUGGGAAGCAGGACAGAGAUAUAAUGCGGGUUCUUCUCGAGUGUUGCUUGCAAGAGAAAGUUUUUAACAAGUAUUAUACGGUGCUGGCGACGAAAUUGUGCGAGCAUGACAAAAAUCACAAGUUUACUCUGCAGUUUUGCAUUUGGGACCACUUUAAGGAACUUGAUUCAAUGCAGCUUAUGAGGUCAAUGCACCUUGCCAAAUUUGUGGCUGAAAUGGUUUCCUCUUUCACCCUCUCCCUUGCAGUGUUGAAGACUGUGGAGCUCAGUGAUCUCAACCUGUUAUCCCCAAGAAGAGUUAUGCAUUUCCGCAUGCUGUUUGAGGCCAUCUUCGAGUACCCUGAUAGCACCGUCUGGAAUGUAUUCACACGUGUGGCCGUGGCCCCUGAACUCGAGGGUCUUCGACAAGGCAUUGAAUUCUUCGGUAAAGAGUACAUUGUCAAAUCCAACAAAGAUCUAAAUCAGAAGUUUAAGUUGGUAAAAAGAGCCCUUAAUAAUGUAGAAGGAGUUUUGAUGUGAAUGAAGUGUUGAAUUAUAUUCCCAAUUUUGUUGUCAGUUAUGCUAAUUUUAUUUAAAUAAUUCUUACAUAUCCUUCUGAAUCGACAUGUUCUGGUCUACCCGGGACCGGAGGUAAAACUAAAUAAGAAAAUUUUGUUUAUUAAACAA